GUUUAAUAUACAUAUUUAUUAAUGGGAGUUCAGUUUCAGAGUGUUGCAAUACAUCCUGAGUUUCUCACUUGUUUAUUUAAAGCAUCAGAAUAUAUUUAAGUGUUACCAUGGCAACUGUCUGUUCAUCACUAACAGUCACUAAUUUAGCUAGGUAGCGUCACACACAGGUGCUUAAAGUUUCUAGCUUCCUCUGCGGCAUCGUACAUAAUCUCACUUGUGAUUGGUUCAAACUUGUGAUCAAAAUCUGGUUCGAAACCAGGUUUUUAUUUUUUAUUUUUUACAACUGGAUCUCAGCGGGUGCAGGGAGAGGAGAAAUCUCCGGUGGGACCAUGGCUCCUCGCUCUGUUUGUUUUUGUGGUGUGUGGCUCAGCUAUAUUCCAGAUCAUACAGAGUAUCAGACAGGGGAUGUAGGAUGUUUAUGAUUGGUGUUUGGGUGAUGUUCAAAAUAAAGCUCCGCCCACUGAAUCCUGAUGACCAAUCACCUCCUCCUGUGUAGAGUUUACAUUACAGUGGAGCUGUUCUUUCACUGACUCUGUGUGUGUGUGUGGUGUUAUGCAAUGAUUUUAUACCAGCAAAUAAACUAUUUUCUCUACACACACAGCUGUCUGUCUGUCUGUAGUGACAUUAUAGACACAGUGGAGUUUCAGUUUGUUCACAUAAAAUAAAUAAAUAAUAAUAAUCUGAACAUAUGAAAGUCUGCAAAUAUUAAAGACACGUGUAAGUCAUUUUACUGUAUAAUGUUAUGAUGUUUUUAUCGUGUUCUGGUGAAGCAGGUAAUUAUUCUGAGUGACUCAGUACGCACUCUCAAUGUUUACUCUCUCUGUGUUUACUCUCUGUUUUUAUUCUCUCUGUUUAAUCUGUGUUUACGCUCUCUGUGUUACUCUCUGUGUUACUCUGUGUUUACUCUGUGUUUACUCUCUGUGUUUAUUCUCAGUGUUUAUUCUCUGUGUUUACUGUGUGUUUACUCAGUGUUUACUCUGUGUGACAUUUAACACUUUGAAGGUUAUUAAUCAGUCUGUAAUUGCAAUACUGGGAUAGCAGAUGAACAGAAUGACUACAGCAGCAUAGUGUAAAGACACUGUAUGUGGACCAAACUCCUGAUAUUGUGUGUUCAUAGAUCUGGCUUUGUGCACAGGGACAUUGUCAUGCUGCAACAUGAAAGGUUCUUCCCCAAACUGCUGCCACAAAGGGUGAAGUAUACAGUUGUGUAAAAUGUGUUUGCACUCUGUAACAUUAACAUCCCCUUCACUAGAAUGAGGAACCCAAACCCUGAAAGACAUCUCCAGAUCAUUAUCCCUCCUCCACCACACUUUACUGUUGGCUCUGUGUGUUCUGGUAGGUAAUGGGCAGGUAACGUUCUCCUGACAUCCAGACUUAUUCAUCAGACUGCCAGAUAGCGAAGCGUGACUCAUCACUCCAGAGAAGAUGUUUCCACUGCUCCAGACUCCAGUGUCGGUGCUUUACACCACUCCAGCUCACGCUCAGCAUUGUGCACAGUGAUCUUAGGUGAUCUCGUGUGCAGCUGCUCGGCCAUGAAAUCCAGCUCCAGAAGCUCCUGAUGCAUGGUUCUUGUGCUGAUGUUUCUUCCAGAGACAGUUUGGAGCUCUGUAGUGAGCGAUGUGACAGAGGAUGGGUGACUUUUACACGCUUCAGCACUCAGCAUCCCGCUCUGUGAGUUUGAGGUCUAACGCUUCAUAGCUGAUCUGCUGUUGCUCCGAGACGCUUCUGUGUCACAGUAAUAGCACUUACAGGUGACCGGGGCAGAUCUAGCAGGGAAGAAACGUCACAAACUGACUUGUGGUAAAGGAGGCGUUUUGUGACAAGGAGAUGUUUAGAGUCACUGUGAUCUUCAUUCUACUGCUAAUAUCUGUCUAUAGAGAGUGCAGGGCCAUGUGCUGGAUUUUAUUCACCUGUUAGCAAUGGGCGUGGCUGAAACACCUGAACUCAACCAUCAGGAGGGGUGCACAUACUGUGAAUGAGCUGUUACUAUGGAAACGAUUAGGUAUUAGAGCGAGAACAUUAACAUAAACUUGUGAUGUGCCGCUGCGCUACUGUCAGAGCUGCUGUUAUGGAAACUAAUCAACACCUGACCAAUCACAAUCCAGAACUGGUUGUCAUGGUGUAAUAAUAAUUAUUGGCCGUUCCCUACAACAUGGCGGCUGUGUGUGAGGAGGCGGAAGCGAGUAUGUGACUGCCCCCUUCAGGCUGGAGUAUGUGAGUGUAUCUCACCAUGAACAAUAAGGACACCACCACUGAGGCAGAGAAUAAUUGUCAGAUGAAGGUGUUUCUGCCCAAUAAGCUGUUGGAGUGUUUGCCUCGGACAAACACACUGCCUAAAGAGAGACUCCGCUGGAACACCAACGAGGAGAUUGCGUCAUACCUUAUCUCAUUUGACCGACAUGAAGAGUGGCUUUCCUGCACGCUCAAAACCAGGCCGCAGAACGGCUCCAUCAUUCUGUAUAACAGGAAGAAGGUGCAGUACAGGAAGGAUGGAUACUGCUGGAAGAAACGGAAGGAUGGGAAAACCACACGGGAAGAUCACAUGAAGCUCAAAGUGCAGGGGACUGAGUGUCUCUAUGGUUGUUAUGUCCAUUCCUCCAUUGUCCCAACAUUCCACAGGAGGUGCUAUUGGCUGCUGCAGAACCCGGACAUUGUGCUGGUCCACUACCUGAACGUGCCAAAUGUAGAGGACAGUGGGAAGGCGUGUGGGCCAGUUCUGUGUGCCGUUACUGACCGCAGAGAUGGACUGCGCUGGAGCCGAGAGGAGCUGCUCUCACAACUUAAACCCAUGUUUCACAGUAUGAAGUGGUGUAGCAGUGGAAAUGGGGCAGAGGUUUCCAUUGAGCAGCUCGUGCAGCAGAUUCUGGAGUCACAACAGACCAAACCACAACCACGCACACACACCUGCCUCUGUAACCAUGCUUCUUCUGGGAUGAACAUUCCUCAUCGGUGUAACAGCACAAAACAUCGGAUCAUCUCCCCAAAGCUGCCAUGUGGCCCCACCCCCUACCUCACUGAAGUCCAGAACCUAACCCAUGAGAGCUCAGGAGGUGGGGCCACCAGCAGAGAUGGAGCUGCGGGGGACUCUGUUGCAGGAGGUGUGGCCAAUGAGAAAACCCAACCCUCAAGCCCAGUAGUCGCCCUUGACAAUGGGAGUUCUGCUCCGCCCUCUUCCUCCUCUUCCAGCCCGCCCCAAACACAAUGUGCAGCAUCAAUUGCCCUUGGCAAUGGCAAUGGUUUCUAUGGCGACCAACGUGGCGGCCUGGCAACAGUAGCUCUGCCUCAGAAUGCUGUAAUCGUCAUGACGACAGCAGCAGCAGCGGCUGCAUUGGGCCGGGGAGGGGAGGAGUCUAAAGGCGAACUCAGUUCUGCGCACCUGUCACUCACACAUACUGGAGGUCGGCUAGUCCUGUCACCUGUCCCGACCAAACAGGAGACGCCCCCUCCCAGCCCCGCCCCGGUGCCAACUCACACAGUGUCGUCCAAUCAGGGUGUGGCUACGCUCUCCCUCACUCUUCUGCCCAGUCCUGUGAUUGGAGGACUGCUAUUAACAGAUCGCAUAAUAACAGACAAGCCCAGUGCUAUGCUCCGCCCCUCCUCUCCCUCACCAUCCUUAAUGGCACCGCCAUCUACACAGACUGGCUCUGUACCUAGCCCCUCCCUCUCUGUGCCCCUGCACUUUGACCCUGAUUCUUUUCUCAACAGCCCCAAACAGGGCCAAACCUAUGGUGGCUCCUCCCUCUCCCCUCUCAACACGAUUAACUCUGUCUCUUCCUCCCAGAGCCCACCCCAUUCCUCUUCUCCACAGCCUCCUUCAUUGGCAUUGACUCUUUCUCCAACCUCUCCACCCUCAUCUCUCUCUUCUCUUUCCCCGCCCACGUCUACGCCAAACUCCGCCUCCCUGUCUCCUUCGCUCUCUUACUCACUCUCUCCUUCUUGUCCCACCCCCUCUCUCCCUCCCCUUUGUCUUGACUCCUCAUUGGCUCUUGAUUCACUGACCCACCCACUAAGCCCCACCCUAGACGCUCAGGUCUCCUCACCACGAGUGGACGUGACCCGCCAAAGCUCUGUCAGCGAUGGGCAAGCUCUUCUGAUUGGACAGGAUGAAAAUGCCCCACCCACUCUGCUGUCACUAAACUACACACACAACCAGCUGUUGCCUUCACAACACUCGAUAUCCAGCCACCUGUCAGCCAAUCAGCUACCGCUCAGUCAGCUCUCGCCCAAACAACUGCAUACCAAUCAGCUUCCAAGUGAUAGACAGGGGGUGGGGCUAAGGCUUCAGGAGGAGGCUCAUCUUAUGAUGACCCAAACACACACACACACUCAGGGUUUGAGGCCUCCAGGGCGAGGCCUGCGCCACAGCCUCAGCCAGCCAGCUCUGCUCACAAACAGUGACGCACACACUGACGCACACACACAUUCACACACACACUCGCAUACACACACACUCAUUGCACAGGUGAGCCCUGUUCAGGUGAAGGAGGAAAAGUCCCCGCCCAUAACUCAAACCGUUCUGCGAGAAUUAGAGUGUGAUGAAAUGCCCAUGGACACAGCUCACAGUUCUGACAGCUCCACCCAUCAGCACACAGAUGGGGUGGAGCUAUCAUUUGACUCCACCUUUCCCGACCUGAUAUCUGAACUAGUCACUGAGGAGGCAAACAGCCACUCUGCCUGUACAGGCUUAAACUCCUCCUCUGCUCUACCUACUUACCCAGUCAGGUACAUGGCCCCACCCCAGCCGACACCCUCCACCUCCUACCUGCCCUACGCACUCCUCACACAGACACACACACACUCCAACAUACACUCCGGAGUGGGGGAGGAGCCUCAGCGUCUCGCUAGCAUCACCGAUUUCUCACCUGAGUGGUCGUAUCCAGAGGGUGGGGUGAAGGUGUUGAUCACAGGUCCCUGGUCAGAGAUGAGCUGCAGAUACUUGUGUGUGUUUGAUCAGAGUACAGUACCUGCUUCACUCAUACAGCCUGGAGUACUGCGCUGUUACUGCCCAGCUCAUGAAGCAGGUCUGGUGGCUCUGCGUGUGAUGAAGGACUCUGACGCCGUGUCAUCAUCUGUGCUGUUUGAGUAUCGAGCUCGAAACGCAGCAUCAUUGCCGAGCUCACAGCUGGACUGGCUCUCUCUGGACGACAAUCAGUUCCGCAUGUCCAUCCUGGAGAGACUGGAGCAGAUGGAGAGGAGGAUGGCCGAGAUGGCUAACCACAAUCAAUGUCAUCAACAACAACAGCAACAACGGUUGGCACGGCAACAGACCACACCUCACUCCUCACUGCGCCUAACUCCUGAAAACCAGUCCGGGCCUUGGUUUGAGCGCCGGAUUGUGAGUGUGUGUGAGCGGAUGAUGAGUGGAGGACGGUGGGGUGCUGGUGAGAGACUCACACACUGCGUCAGACACCGAGGGAUGACAUUACUGCACCUCGCAGCUGCGCAGGGAUACACACACCUCAUACACACGCUCAUCCGCUGGAGGACACUGAAUGCUGACAGUCUGGAUCUGGAACAGGAGGUAGAUCCGCUAAAUGUAGAUCACUUCUCCUGCACGCCGCUGAUGUGGGCGUGUGCUCUGGGCCACCAGUCCGCUGCAGUGUUACUGUACAGGUGGAGCAGUGUGGCACUGAUGAUCCCGGACUCUCUCGGACGUCUCCCUCUUGCUGUCGCUCGCUCACGGGGACACACACGUCUUGCCCGCUGCCUCGAGGAGCUGCACACACACACUCUCUUACAGUCACACACACCGGAGAUCACACACACACACAACCAGUCACACACACUGGACAUGUCACCACCACCUCAGCUGCCCCUGUCUCCGUUAUCUACAAGUCCUGAUACAGGUCUGAGUUCCUCCAGUAGUAUUCCAUCCCCCAGUGACCCACCCUCCCCGUCUCCUAGCUCCGCCUACUCUAGUGGUUCAGCCCCGCCCACCUCUCCUCUGUCUCCUCCUGACCCAAUGGAUACUUCCUGUGACUCUUCCCCAUGCGCCUCCCCAACCCCACCCCUUCGGUGCCCAACCCCCAAACACAUGGACACACACUUCCUGUUGGACUCUCCCCCACACUCACAUACACAUUUGGAGCACACACACUCACAUACACACUCCUCGUUCGAGGCCGAAUUGCUCAGUUACAGUGAGAAUGCGGAGAACGAGGACUACCUGCCUGCUGAGGUCUUACAGGUUGACAUGGCAACGCUGGCUGAGCAGAUAAUUGAGGCAACUCCUGAUCGAAUCAAACAGGAGGAGUUUCCCAGGGGGGCGGAGUCACCACUCAGAGAGAGGUGGGACAAUGCAGCCAUUCAUGAUACCAUGCCCUGGCUUGCACCCUACCUGGAUACUGUAGACAGGUGUGUGUGUCCAACCCCACAGCCCCCUUCCCCUCUCAGUGCUCUAGCCCUGCAGAGGCUCCGCCCCCCAAGUAGUGCAGCAUGGGCGGAGUUUUUGAAUGCGUCAGCCAAUGGGAGGAUGGAGAGAGACUUUGCUUUGCUCACUCUAACGGACAGUGAGCAGCGGGAACUUUACGAAGCUGCUCGCAUCAUCCAGAAUGCGUUCCGCAGAUACAAGGGGCGGAGACUGAAGGAGCAGCAGGAUAUGGCGGCUGCAGUGAUCCAGCGAUGCUACAGGAAGUACAAACAGUACGCUCUGUAUAAGAAGAUGACACAGGCAGCCAUUUUGAUCCAGAGUAAGUUCCGCAGUUACUAUGAGCAGAAGAAGUUCCAGCAGAGUCGCAGAGCCGCGGUUCUCAUCCAGCAGUACUACCGCAGCUAUAAAGAGUAUGAGCGUAUCAAACAAGGAGGAAGAACCGGCCCUGCACUCUCCAACAAGAUGAAAGGCUCAUUCCUGACAAAGAAGCAGGAUCAGGCGGCUCGCAAAAUCAUGCGCUUCUUUAGACGCUGCAGACACAGGAUAAAGGAGCUGAAGCAGAACAAGGAGCUGGAGCGGAGAGGCCUGACCACCUGAUGUCUCUCUCUCACACACACACACACACACACUUCCCUACAAGUUUACAAUGGCUAACUAAAAUAACCUGAGAGAUGUGACUUCCUGCUUCCUGCAUGUCCUCUAAAGGAGUGAACAUCUCGAGUCCUCCGUCUCCUGCCCUUUAACUCUCGCACUUAAAAAUAAUGAAUGAACCUGGAACUCGCAUGGGGUUUCGUUGUUCAUGCUAACGCUCGCCGUUAUCAGAGUUCACUAGUUAGCAACAUUCUGGGUUAGCAUUGUGAGUUAGCUAAGUGUUUAGCUGCCUUGAACCCCUUCAGACUCCUACUUUUUUUAUUUCAUUAUCGUUGUU